AUGUUCCUGGACGAGUUCGAGUUCGUCAAGCGGCUGGGCGAGGGCGCUUUCGCCACGGUGUGGGCGGCGCGACGUAAGGACCCGGGCGGCCCCAACCACGGCAAACUCUACGCCGUCAAGCACCUCAAGCAGGCGGACGACGGCGUCGCAGGGAAAGGCUUGCUGGGCACCCCCGAGUUUCGCUCUCUGAAGUUCAUCGCCAGGCACCCGAACGUGCUGCGCGCGGUGCAGGUGGCGAGGGAGCGCGGGCAGGUGUUCCUGGUCACCGAGUGGUGCGACGAUAACCUGCUGUCCAUCGUGGAGACCGCGCGCGAGCGGGGCCUGGGGCGCGUUCCGGAGGACGUCACCCGCGCGGCGCUCUCGCAUCUCCUCGAGGCGCUCGCGCACUGCCACGACGCGCGAUGGGCCCACCGGGACGUCAAACCGGAGAACAUCCUCGUCGCGCGAGGCGUCGCGAAGCUCGCGGACUUUGGCGAGGCGUGCGAGUUCGACGGCGACGACGCGCUGAGAACGUACGUGGGCACGCGAUGGUACCGCGCGCCCGAGCAGCUCGUAUUCGAGAAACACGCGCCGAACGAGUACCGCGUCAUAAACGCUCGGUGGCGCAACCCAGGCGCCGCGGACGUGUGGGCGGCGGGGUGCGUCAUGUGCGAGUGCUACCUCGGACACGCGCUGUUCCGCGGGAACUCUUCAGCCGACAUGCUCCGCAAGAUGGCGGAUGUCCUCGGCGACGGCGGCGGGUUCGACGAUGCCAACCAAUCGUCUAAAGAACUCAUCCGCGAGUGGCCGAUCGCCGCCAACGACGACGCGUGCGUCCCUCGCGGACCCGACCGGCUCGCAGACGCGUUCGGCGGCGACGGCAUCGGCGCGGACGCGCUCGACCUGGUUCGCGCGAUGCUCGCGGUGGAUCCCGCGCGAAGGAUCACCGCGCGAGCGGCGCUGGCGCACCCGUUUUUUUCCUCGCGCGAAAAAGCCGCCGCCGGCGCGGUGGUCCUCCCGUCCUCCCGGAUGAUGGAGCCGUCCGCCGCGACGGUUCGUGCUCCGGCCGGCGCGUCGAACGGGCACGCGCGGACGUUUCAAAAAACGGACGACGACGACGACGACGACGCCGAGCGGCGCAGGGCGCGGAUCCGCGCCGCCGCGUUGGCACAGGUCUCCGACUCGGACGACGACGAGUUUGACUUUUCACCCUCCGCCGCGGCAGCCUCGGCGUCGAUUACUUCGGCGCCCGAAGCGACACGAACCGUCGCGGCGGCUCUCCCCGAGGAUGCCAUCCCGGCGACGCCGACGCCCGAGGCUGUCGCGGCGAUGGACGCCAUUCGCAGGGCGCACUCGCGAGCGGAAGCGUCCGCCGCCCCUCCCCCGCCCGCCGCCGGCAUCGCCGCCGGCGUGGCCGGCGUCAGACUCGACGCCUCGCGCCCGGCGGGAUCCGGAACGAAACAGCAGGACCAAACGGCAUCCCCACGCUCCAACCGUCCGCUCCCACCUCCACCGCCUCCCGCACGGAAGAAGAGCUUGCUCGACGACUCGGAUUCGGAGGAUGACGGCUUUCACGCGGGGGUGGUGCGGCCGACGGGUCGGUCGGCGUUGACGUCGCGGCGGGUCGGCGGGGCUGGGGUGGCGGCGGAUGGGGUGGUACCCCGGGGACGAACCGACGGGGGAGGGGAUUCGUCGAGCGACGAGGGGGACGGGGCGCGGAGGAUCGUGCCGCUGUGA